CAUGAAGAAGUGGAUUUUGCAUGAUAGGUGACCUUUAAGAGCAGAGAUGUUAAACACACACUGUGCUUCAUCUUCAGCUCUGAGUGGAGAUGAAGCCGGAGCACCAGGAUCUGGUCCUGCAGGCCUGCGGGGCCUCUUCCCUGUGUGUGGGGGCAAAGAUCCAGACGCUGUGGAGCGGGUACGGGGAGAUCGUGCGGCUGCAGUUGCAGGGCUCUGAUUGGCCGUCUGUGGUCCUCAAACACGUCAAGUUUCCAGAGGAGGCGGAGCAUCCCGGCGGCUGGAACACAGAUCGCUCACACACACGUAAAGUGAGAUCCUACCAGGUGGAGACUCACUGGUACCAGAACUUCUCCACCAAUCAGAGCUGCAGGACCCCCGCCUGCCUGGCUGCUCGUUCCUAUGGAGACGAGAUGCUGAUCGUGCUGGAGGACCUGGAUGUGGCCGGGUAUGAUCAGAGGAGGACCAGCGUGAAGGACAGAGAAAUAAAUGCUUGUCUCAGCUGGCUGGCCCACUUCCACACUCUCUUCCUGGGGGUGGAACCUGAGGGUCUGUGGCCCGUCGGCACAUACUGGCACCUGGAGACCCGGCCCGACGAGCUGGAGGCCAUGGGCCAUCCCGAGCUGAAAGCAGCUGCCGGGGACAUCGACAAGAUCCUCAACGAAUGUCGCUUCAAGACAAUCGUUCACGGAGACGCCAAGUUAGCCAACUUCUGUUUCUCGGAAGGUGGGCGGGACGUGGCGGCGGUAGACUUUCAGUAUGUGGGAGGAGGCUGUGGGAUGAAGGACGUUGUGUAUUUUUUAGGAAGCUGCAUGGAGGAGAAGCAGUGUGAAAAGAGGGUACCAGACCUGCUGGACUACUAUUUUAGUGAACUGAAGCAAUCUGUGAAAAAAGAUGUGGACUUUGCUGCCCUGGAGACGGAGUGGAGGGAGAUGUUUGUUUAUGCCUGGACAGAUUUUCAUCGCUUUCUGCUGGGAUGGAAGCCUGGACACUGGAAGAUCAACCACUACAGUAAACAGCUGACCAAGGAGGUGCUCCGAAAACUGAAGCUGUAACCAAAAACAUUUAGGAGAACUGGGAGUGUGGCUGGAAGGCUACCUGAAAAUCUGUAAAUGGAAAAAUGUAUUACUUAAAAAACCUGUGUAUUAAGCAUGCCUUUUGAAACACUUCUGGAUACAUUGAAGUGUGUGCAAAAUACUGUCACUUUACUAUACUGCCGUUCUUUUGACAAGGAAAACAUUGUACCAUCUCAAUAAAGGAAAACAAAAAAACAACUA